AUCAUCCCUUCCUCAUUCUAUCUGCUUUAACAGCACCGAUUGGCUUCUCCGUCGUCUGUCUUUGGGUGCCAGUAAGAGGUAUUAACGAAUCCUUAUCUCGAAAGGGAUAUUAGGGUUUCUUCCUCUUGGUUUCACCACGGUUUCGACAAGUUAAAACUCAGAGGUUAAUGUUUUAGAUGAAGAAUUAGAAUAAAGAUGAGCUCUACCCAGGCUAGUUUGUUUGGAACUUCCUGCUACUCUGUGAGGACAUCACGACCAAAGUGCGUCCCCAGCUUACUUUUGAGGCCGUCUUUACAUUUUAAUCAUCGGUCAACUCUUCAAGCGAAUGCAAGGAUCUCUACUCAGUUUUCACCUCUUCUGAAUCACCGGCGGCGUGGUGGACCUUCUGGGAAACAGAGGCAAGGUUCUGCUGUAUGCUUACUUGGUGGGAAGGAUAAGUCAGAUGGUAGUGACGAGAUAUCACCAUGGAAAGCAAUUGAGAAGGCCAUGGGGAAGAAAUCGAUCGAAGAUAUGUUGCGAGAACAGAUGCAAAAGAAAGAGUAUUAUGAUGGUGGGAGCAGCAAUAAUCCGCCACGAGGAGGAGGCGGUGGCGGAGGUGGCAGUGAUGGCGGCGGUGAGGGUUCUGAAGGCUCAGGAGAAGAAGACGAAGGCAUUGCAGGGAUUGUGGAUGAAACCGUCCAAGUGGUUUUGGCAACAUUGGGCUUCAUAUUUCUGUACGUAUACAUCAUCAGUGGAGAGGAGCUGUUCCGGCUGGGGAGGGAUUACAUAAAGCAUCUUUUUGGAGGGCCGAAGAGUGUUCGUUUAACCCGAACUAUCGAAGGUUGGAGAAGAUUCCUUGAGCAGAUGUCCCCGAAGAGAGUGUAUGACGAGUACUGGCUGGAAAAGGCCAUCAUCAAUACGCCCACAUGGUACGACGGCCCCGACAAGUACAGAAGCAUCCUUAGGUCAUAUGAUGAAUCAGAUGAUGAUGAAUAAGUUCGAUGACUCGGAAGCGUUUUGUUUAGGCCGAACCCGUUUUGCUUGUUUUCCUUUUCUCAAUCGGUAUUAUCAUUCAUCAGUUCCAAUCUC